CCUCCGUGGGCGUUUCUUCAACUGUCGGUGGCGCGCAGGAGGAUCUUUCAGUCCUGAUCAGACUGCCGCUCUCCGUGGACUUUAACCCGCCUCUGGACCCGCACCGGACUGCUGGACCACCGGACCUACGUUUUCUGCUGGACCUGUCGUAAGUUGUAGACCCUGUUCAUCAUGAGUCUGAGCACCACUGACCUGACGGACCUCAUGGAGCUGUGGGAGGACCUGAACCUGACCUCUGAUCCCUCAAACCAGACCCGGGUGGAGCUGCUGAUAUGUUCAGGCUCUGUCGGUCAUGCCGCCCUCCUCCAUGUUCUGUCCGUCCUCUACAUCUUAAUCUUCCUGGUGGGCCUCGUUGCCAAUGCCCUGGUCAUCUGGGUCACCCUGCACUGCCAGCGCUUAGAGACAGACCUGUACAUCUUGAACCUGGCGGCGGCCGACCUGUUCGUGGUAGCCACACUGCCGGUCUGGGUGAGCUCGCUGCUGCGGGGUGGUCUGUGGCCGUUCGGAGAGGCGGUCUGUAAACUGGCCCACAUGGUCUUCAGCAUCAACCUGUUCAGUAGCAUCUUCUUCCUGGCCUGCAUGAGCGUGGACCGCUACCUAUCCGUCUCAUUGCUCGCCAAAACACCCGACGGCCGCAGGAAGAUGAUGCUGCGACGGCUGGUCUGCAUUCUGGUCUGGCUGGUGGCGCUGGCUGCGUCUGUUCCUGAGUUCUACUUCCUGCAGGCGGUGAAGUCGGCGCAUCACGACGGCGCUGUCUGUCGGCCGGUAUUCCCGUCCACCAACCCCAGGAACUGGAUGGUGGCCGUGCAGCUGAGCUUCUUUGUGCUCGGCUUUGCCGUUCCCUUUCCUAUCAUUGCUGUUUUCUAUCUGCUCCUGGCGGCGGCCAUUGGCCCCGCUGCGGACCAGGAGCGCCAUGUUGGCCGGCGGCUCGUCCUCAGCUACAUCCUGGUCUUCCUGGUGUGCUGGCUGCCGUUCCACGGCGUCCUCCUGUUGGACACGCUGACCCUCCUCCACAUCCUGCCCUUCACCUGCCGGCUGGAGACCUUCCUGGACGUGGCGCUGCACCUGACGCAGGGCAUGUCGCUCCUCCACUGCUGCAUCAACCCCGUCCUCUACAACCUCCUCAGCAGGAGCCACCGCUACCACCUCAUGAAGGCCUUCAUCUUCAAGUACUCCACCAAGACGGGGCUGGCCAGGCUUGUGGAUGCUUCAGAGACUGAAUACUCUGCAAUGGAUAACAGCGGAGGUCCAGCGGGAGGUCUCCUGAAAGAGACUCCUCAGAACUCUUAAAGACUUCAGUGAUCCUUCAAAUCUUCCACACUGAGCUUCAUCAGGAAAAACUGCUGCCUCAUCCUCAUGAAGACCUUUUUGGUCUGAUGCUGCACCAGCUGGGUUUGGACCAGGAGAACCCGGUCCAGUGUAGAUGGUCCAACACUAGCUGAAGACUGCAGGAUAGGAGAGGUUGGUUCUUCAGACUCCUUUGAGGAACAUGGUGAAGAAUGCGAUUAAAGAGAAGCCAAACAGGACGUUUUCAGCUGAACUAAGUUUUCCAUUCUGUGGUUUUCUUCCCACUUUCUAAAUCCAUCUCUGUGAGAACAGGAAUGUUGUUUAAUCAACAUGAAGGAAAAUUCCAGGUUUCUCUCAGGGACAUAGUCAGUGUCGGAGCUCUCCCUAAGUAACAGAAAACUGAAGAUCAGAAGAAGUAAAAACCCACUGAUGGUCAGGGAAAAUCUCUGAAAGAAACCCUGAUAAUUACCGUAUUUCCUGGACUAUAAGUCACACUUUUUUCAUAGUUUCAUAGUUUGGCUGAGUCUGUGUCUUUAUGUG